AUCUUGACUGUGGGCGGCCGGCAGUGCGUCUGCGCGGUGGCCCUUCCGUCCCGGCAGUCGUGCCUGCGGAGCUGAGGCGAGAGGUUGGUGGGUGUUGGCGGCCACGAUGACCCAGGCUGAGAAGGGUGACGCGGAGAACGGGAAGGAGAAGGGCGGCGAGAAGGAGAAGGAGCAGCGCGGCGUGAAGCGGCCCAUCGUGCCCGCGCUGGUGCCGGAGUCGCUGCAGGAGCAAAUCCAGAGCAACUUCAUCAUUGUCGUACAUCCAGGUUCAACAACUUUAAGGAUUGGUCGAGCCACAGACACUCUUCCUGCCAGCAUUCCUCAUGUCAUUGCGCGAAGACACAAACAACAAGGGCAGCCCCUAUACAAGGACAGUUGGCUUCUAAGGGAGGGACUAAAUAAACCGGAAAGUAAUGAACAAAGACAAAAUGGCCUUAAAAUGGUGGAUCAAGCAAUAUGGUCUAAAAAGAUGUCCAAUGGUACAAGACGCAUUCCUGUGUCCCCUGAACAGGCACGCUCCUACAAUAAGCAGAUGCGACCUGCAAUUUUAGAUCACUGUUCGGGAAAUAAGUGGACAAACACAUCUCAUCACCCUGAGUAUUUAGUAGGAGAAGAGGCCUUGUAUGUUAAUCCACUGGACUGUUACAAUAUUCACUGGCCUAUCAGAAGAGGUCAGUUAAAUAUUCAUCCAGGCCCUGGGGGCUCUCUUACAGCUGUUCUGGCAGAUAUUGAAGUAAUAUGGUCUCAUGCGAUACAAAAAUACUUGGAAAUCCCACUGAAAGAUUUAAAGUAUUAUAGAUGUAUCUUGUUAAUUCCUGAUAUCUAUAAUAAACAGCAUGUGAAGGAACUAGUGAAUAUGAUACUAAUGAAGAUGGGCUUUUCAGGGAUCGUGGUCCAUCAGGAGUCUGUGUGUGCCACCUAUGGCAGUGGCUUAAGCAGCACGUGUAUUGUAGACGUUGGGGACCAGAAGACAAGCGUAUGCUGUGUGGAGGAUGGGGUGUCUCAUCGGAAUACUCGGCUUUGUCUGGCAUAUGGAGGAUCUGAUGUGUCAAGAUGUUUUUACUGGCUAAUGCAGCGAGCUGGGUUCCCUUACAGAGAAUGCCAGUUAACAAAUAAAAUGGAUUGUCUUCUUCUGCAACACCUUAAAGAAACUUUUUGUCAUUUAGAUCAGGACAUCUCUGGGCUUCAGGACCAUGAGUUUCAGAUUCGACAUCCUGAUUCUCCUGCCCUGCUUUACCAGUUUCGAUUAGGAGAUGAAAAACUCCAGGCUCCAAUGGCUUUGUUUUACCCCGCAACUUUUGGAAUUGUUGGACAGAAAAUGACGACUUUGCAGCACAGAUCUCAGGGCGAUCCUGAGGAUCCUCACGAUGAACAUUACCUGCUGGCCACACAGAGCAAACAAGAACAGUCUGCAAAAGCUACUGCUGACCGAAAGUCUGCAUCCAAACCUAUUGGAUUUGAAGGGGAUCUUCGUGGCCAGUCCUCUGAUCUUCCAGAAAGACUCCAUUCCCAAGAAGUAGAUUUGGGGUCCUCACAGGGAGAUGGCCUGAUGGCUGGCAACGAUUCCGAGGACGCCCUCACUGCACUGAUGUCCAGGAAGACUGCCAUCUCGCUGUUUGAAGGGAAAGCUCUGGGCCUGGAUAAAGCCAUCCUUCAUAGCAUAGACUGCUGUUCAUCCGAUGAUACCAAAAAGAAGAUGUACAGCUCCAUCCUAGUGGUGGGAGGUGGUUUGAUGUUUCAUAAAGCUCAAGAAUUUCUGCAGCACAGAAUUCUCAACAAAAUGCCGCCAUCGUUCAGGCGAAUUAUUGAAAAUGUGGAUGUGAUCACAAGGCCUAAGGACAUGGACCCCCGGCUGAUUGCAUGGAAAGGAGGGGCAGUGUUGGCUUGUUUAGAUACAACACAAGAACUGUGGAUUUAUCAGCGAGAGUGGCAGCGCUUUGGUGUCCGCAUGUUACGAGAGCGGGCUGCGUUUGUGUGGUGAAUGGGGAGGAAAUGUCACUGCUGAAGACCAAAAACAAGCUUCUUGGUAUGGAGAAGAGGAGGAGAAGUUUUUUUAAGAGCUCUGCCUCGAGCACAGUAUGUAAAUACUCUGGUUUCUGUAUUAAAAUACUCCAUGUUUUUAAGCUGGCAAAGUCCUUAGAGAGUACAGCUGACCCUUGAACAACAUGGCAGGGAGUGGCACUGGCCCUGCAUGCAGUUGAAAAUCUCCUAUAACCUUUGAUUUUCCCACAACUUAACUUCUAAUAGCCUACUGUUGACUGGAAGCCUUACCAGGAACACAAACAGCCAAUUAACACAUAUUUUGCAUGUUUAUAUGUAUUAUGUGCUCUAUUAUAUUUAAGCUAGAGAAAAAAAUGGAAGAAAAUCAUGAGGCGAAAAGAUAUUUACUAAUUCAUUAAAUGGAAGUGGACCAUCAGAAAAGUCUUUAUCCUUGCCAUCUUCAAGUUGAGUAGGCUGACUAGGAAGAGGAGAAAGGGGUUAGUCUUGCUGACUUAGGGGUGGCAGAGGCAGAAGAGGUGGAAGAGGAGGCUGGAGAGGUGGGCGCCUCAGUGUAACUACAGAAAUACAUCAUAAUUUCUGACUUUUUUACUUUUUCAUUUUUCUAAAAAUAUUUGUAUAUGGUACCAAUCCUUCCUCCACCAUUUGCUUUAGGUUUAAUGCUUGUAUCAUAGAAGGGUCUGUGUUAUAAAAGAAGUGAAAACCAGUCUUGACUGAUCAGAAACCUGCCGGAUUGUUUAAUGUCAAUUUGUUUUCUGGCGCUGCUGCUUCUGUGUCGUCUUCAUCAUCACCUCACACUGAUUGGGAAGCACUCGUCUCCAUCAGGUUGUCUUCUCUUUGUUCCUCUAGUGUGGUUAUCUGUUAGCUCUUGAAUUUCUCGGAGAUCCGUAUCUUGAAACCCUUCACCCCCCACCUUUUUUGCCACAUCUACAACCUCUUUCGUGAUUUCCUUGAUUGGCUGUGUUGUAAAUCCUGUGAAGUCAGGCACAUCAUCUGGACAGUUUUCUCUUGCAGGAAUGUAUUGUUUUGGGUUUGAUGGCAUUCACAGCUUGUUCUGUCACAAUGAUGGCAUCUUCAGUGAUGUAAUCCUUCCAGACUUCCAUGUUGUUCUCUCUGUUGGGGUUCUCUUCCAUAGUGUUGACAAUCCUUUCCAUAAAGUACUGUGUUUAAUAAGCCUUGAAGGUCCUUAUGGCUCCCAAUCUAGAGGCCAAAUGAUUAUGUGUUUAGGGGCAAGGAGACCACUGAGGACUUUGGUGUUGAACUCGUGGGGUUCUGGGUGGCUGGGGGCAUUGUCCAAUAUCAAAAGAACUUUAAAAGGCAAUCCUUUCCUGGGAAGGUACUUGUGACUAUAGGGACAAAGCAUCAGUGGAACCAACCCAGAAAAAAGUUUUCUCAAUGUCCAGGCCUCCUUAUUGUACAAUCAAAAGAUUGGCAGCUGGUGUUUAUCUUUUCCCUUCAAGGCCAGGGGGUUAGCAGCUUUAUAGAUAAGGCCAGUCCUGAUCAUAAACCCAACUGCAUUUGCACAAAGCAGUCCAGUUAGCCUGUCCCUUCCUGCCUUAAAUCCUGAUGCAUGCUUCUCUUCCUUACUAAUCAAUGUCCUUUGUAGCAUUUUUUUCCCAGAAGAGGACACUUUCAUCUGCACCGAAAACCUGUUCAGGCAGGUAUCCUUUCUCCUCAGUGAUUUUCUUAAUGGCAUCUGGGAACUCAUCUGCUGCCUCUUGGUCAGCAGAAGCUGCUUCUCCUGUUAUCUUGACAGUUUUUAAGCCAAUCCACUUUUUAAAAUUAUCAAACCAUCCUUUAGUGGCAUUAAAUUCUCCAGCUUUAGAUGCUUCACCUUCCUUUUGCUUUAAGUUGUCAUAUAUGACUUUGCUUUUUCUCAAAUCAUAUUUGAGUCUACAGUUAUGCCUUUCUUAUAGCAAUCCUGCACUCACAUAAAAGCUACAUUUUCAAUACAGGAUUAAAAGGUAUUCUGCAAAAUGUGCAAGGUUUUCAUGCCUGCUGGUGUAGCUAUAGUGAUGGCUUCAUUAAUCUUUUUCUUCUUUCACUGUGGUCCUUAUGCUGGAUUCAUUUAUCUUGAAAUGGUGAACAAUCACAGCUGCAGACCCUCAAUUUAUGGUACAUAUCAAGCAAUUUGGCUUUUUUUUCUUGUAGUGAAAAAAAAAGUUUUUUUUUUCUUUUUUUCGUGAUGUUGUUUCUUGGGAGCACUUCCAGCAUUACUAGUGGCACUUGGUAUGGGUCCUAAGGUGUUAUUAAAGGUUUACAAUAUUGCACUAAACACGAAAAAUACAAGAGAACCACUGGAGAUACUUUCUACUGUGAUAUGUAAUUUACUGGAGAGACAAACUGCUCGUUUGGAGAUGAUUAGCAUCACAUGGUGUUUUAAGUGGCUACUCGCAACACUUGAGCUCACCGCAGUAGCAACAGGAGGUGGCUAGGAAAUUAUUAACAGCAGGACAGUGCACACUGCAGUUAAUGGUAUGCAGUUACAAUUUAAUACCACAUCUUUAUGCUCAUGUUUCUCUCAACUGUGAAUGGUGCUGUGUACAGUUGGUAUGUGUGUGUUUAAGUUUUGAUACAUUUUUUAACUUUUAAUAGUUAAAAUAGUUAACUAUUGGUAUGGUAGCAAAUUAUAAAGUAGACUAGGAUCUGCAUACAUUUUCUGCAUUUAUGACAUACCUUUUUCUUAAUUUCUUUCAAUAUUUUAAUUGAAAAAUAAAUUCAUCUGAGUUUUUUUUUUCAAAUUGAUACACAUCUCCAAAAAAUUUUCCAGUGUAUGUAUUGAAAAAAUCCAGGUGUAAGUGGCUCUGUGCACUCCAAACCUGUUGUUCAAGGGCCAACUGUGUAUGAAUCCAAGCGAAAGCUUUUCUUACACCUCAGAAGAACUGUUUUCUAAAAAACAGGAACUAGCAUAGAGUAACCAUCACAAGUAAAGUGUAAUUUGUUAUCAGCCAUCUUUUGCCCAUUUCAGUACUGGUAGAUGGAUCAAUGGUAAAAAUGGGACAGUCAGAAGAUCUGGAAGUCCUGACCCUACUUUCACCUGGCAUGUGUAAUCCAGUGAUGCUCGUAUCAGUCUCCGUAGGAGCACUUGAAGGUAUUACAUAAAUGCUAUCUAACUCAGGGAAAUGCCAACAUGUGAUUGCCUCCUGAGGAAUCUUCUUUAAAAAAAAAUUCAAUAUGUUAUUUCCUUAUGAGGAUGUCUUUAAAGAAUUAUAACCCUUACCGUGCCUCCACAUUAGAUAGAUCCCUGCCACCACCACCCAUGUCACCACCAGCAGAGACGGCAGGAGGAGAGGCAGCCAGCCUCCCGGUUUGCUUCUGUCUGGAGAAAACAAAGCUUAUUCACCUUUGGAAAACAAAUCCACACAUAUCUCUUAUUUAAAAACUAAGACUUUGUAUACUUUGUAGAGGUUUAUUUAUUUUUUAUUAUUUUUUAGUUUUGAGACAGAGUCUCGCUCUGCCGCCCAGGUUGGAGUGCAGUGGCACAGUCUCGGCUCACUGCAGCCUCUGCCUCCCAGGUUCAAGCAGUGCUGCCUCAGCCUCCCAAGUAGCUGGGAUUACAGGCAUGCGUCAUCGUGCCCAGCCACUUUGUAGAGGUUUAGAUGCCUUUAAAACCAUCAGUCAGAAGCUCUUUAGAGAGUCUGCCAAUCAUAUCUUUUUCCCUAGAGUGUGCAGGUCUUGCAUUAGAUUCUCAAAAGGGAUAUGGGACCUAGGAUGUUAAGAACAGUCGUAAAAUCUCUGACUUUCUCCUGAUAUGCACAGGCAUUUUCACAGUAGGAACUAGGGUUUCUGUCCAGUUUUUUUUUGUUCUUUAAGGAAUUAAUGUUAUUCUCGGUACAACUGCUUACAUACGUAGCACGUAUAGAUGGCAUUUUUACAGGUCAUCUUGUUAGACUGACAUACAUGGAGGGUAGUGCCACCUGCCUCACAGGAACAUCAGGUAAGCUCAGGCACAGAGUGCCCAGGAAUCUGUAAGGCUUUGCCCACACGCAAGUCAGGACUGCCAGGCACCUGGGUUGUCUUCACUUCAUUUGGCUGAGUCUAAUGACGCCUUCCAACUUUUGACCCCACCCCGGUCUGUUGUGUAAACAUUGUAUUUCUCCAUCUGUAAUGAAAAAGCUAACACAUCUCUAACUCCAGAGACAUUUUCCGAAACAUGCUGUUCUCAGGCACCAGUGAGGCGGUACCAUUAUUUCUCAUUUGUUAUCCAAAUGUUGGCCGUGUGACCACACCAACAGCCUAUCCGGGGCCACUGAGACUGGUAAGAGAAUCAGAAUAUGGUGAAAUAUUCAUUCUCAUAUAUACCCAGUUGUCUUACACCUUUGACUUUUUUCAGCAGAUCCUUGUGGCACUCAGAACAUCCAUUUUGCACUGUGUAUUUUUUUUCCCUUUUGUGUAUCCUGCUUUAUAAAGAGUCAUGAGUGGUUUUACAAAUAAAACCUGUUCUUACUCAGA